GCUUUACAGGGCGUGGUUUAAUAUGGCUUUGCAUUUGGAAGGAUCCUCAGAGCAGGAAUAUGACCCUCUGAACGAACAUUCUAUGCAAUUGUUUGUAGAGCAGGCGCAAGCAAUUCAGAAAAAGUUUCGCCUGUUUAGGGAAACGUUAGAAGAAAAUAAUGAUUUGAAGAAACUUGCAAACUUAAAAGCAACUCAACUGAAUGAACGAAGUACAAGACUAGAGGGAAAGGAGAGAGAACUGGAAAAAAAGGAUAUUCAAUUUAGAGAAAAGUUAGAAGAGAAUAAAAAAUUGAAGAGUCUUAUGGAAACAAAAGAUACUCAACUGAUGGAGAAAGAUAGAGAAAUUGAACGAUUAAGAGAAACAAUUGAUCAGCAAGAUAUUCAACUGAGGAAGACAACUCUGGAAUGUUUGGAAUCAAGCAGAGAAAGGAACUUAAAGCAGCGUAAAAUUGAAGAGUUAAUGGAGACGAAAGCAUCAAUAGAAGAAAGAUUUGUUGAGUUGAUGAAAGAAAAAUCAGAUUUAGCAUUUGAACUGAAUGAUGCUAAAUAUAAGAUAAAUGAUCUGACACUACAGGUUUCUGAUUGUAUCAUUGAGGCAUCAAGAUUAACAGAGGAUAAGAAAAGAUUGUCUGAGAAAAGAAAUAGACUAACUGAUGAAAAUAAUAGAUUAACAGAGGACAGAGACAGGAUAGCAAGUCAAAGAAAUAAAUUAGCUAAGAAACUUAAGAAAAUAAGUAAUGGGUCAGAAGCAGUAGAGUCAGAAGAUGAAGAAAAGCAAAUCCUCAUAACUCAAGUUAAUGCUUACAGUAGAGAAUGUGACAAACUAAAGGGGCAACUACAAACUCAGUGUUCAGAAUACAACAGAUCACUGGCAAUCGAAAAGAAGAAUUGCCUAAGACUUGAAUCAGAACUAAGGGAUCAACUACUUGCUCAUGAACAACACAAUGAAAAGAUCACAAGACUCACUAAAGAUAUUGAGGAACUUACAAGACAGUUGGAUGGGUGCAACAAAGAACUGAGUACAGAGAAGGACAAAGUUUUAGAAUGGAGUAGAAAAUAUGACAAAGAGAAGGAGAAAAGAGAACACCUGCACAAGAAGCACAGAGCAGAAAAAGAGAGACAUCAUGAAGCAAAUGUUAAGCACUGCGAUAUUAUUGAUCAAUUGCUUAAAGAGCUACAACGGGCCGAUAAGAUAAUUCCCAGACUAGAGCCAAGUUUAAAUCUCAUACCAGAGAGUACAACAGAUGAAAAUUGCUGCAGCAUUGAUCAAUUAUUACGUGAUUUGGAUGAAUCCAGGAAAAAUCUCUUAGCUAGAAAUAAACAUAGGUACUCUGAUAGUACUACUAGUGCUUAUAAGGCUAGUAGUAGUGCUGCUGUAGCAACUGAUGGUACAACUCGAGAAAGAUCUUGUGAUCCGACAGCGCAAGAAGUAGUUUCCUCUGAUGAUGAAAGACCAUAUGAUCCCAGCUUGGUCUGUCCUAAAUGUGGCCGGAAAUUUCGUGUGGGACAGGAACAAAAACAAAGACGACAUAUUAAUGAAUUCUGCACAAUGAAAUAACACUAUUUU